ACAAGCAGGAAGACUGUUCUUCAAACGUCUCAUCUUUCGGCCGUCACGUGAUCACAGCUUUAGACUAUAUAAAAGACCGCUGAUGAUUUCACGUUUUGUGUGGAGUAGGCGAGUCACUCGGAGUGAAGGUAUGAAGAGCAGUUUGUCUCUGGAAUAAAAUCAACUUAAUUCCUCACGGAAUGUCAAAAUAUUGUGAGGAAGAUAAGAAGAUUUUGGCUGAUCUCUGCGCAAAAUAUCCAAUCUUGAAGAUCAAAGGAAGUUCCUACAAUCUGUCAAGUAACAAGAAACGAGCCUGGGGAGAAAUAACGGCUGAUUACAAUUCUUUACGGCCAAAGGAAAAAUAUCGAUCAGAAGCCCAGUUGAAAGCAGCGUAUCUUUUGAUUUGUCGUUUUGGUGACAGGGAAUCAUCAGACAACAAACCUCGCAGCGGUACACGCUAUGCUGUGAUUGAUUUCAAUAGAAAUUUGUCGACAUCAGAAAGUGUGGCUGAGUGA